GCCAAAUAGAUCAGCGAACGGAUCGCAGCGGUAUAUUUGUUGCAUGCAUCCUCAAAAACGGAGAAAUGCGCGUGGAUCUCGCUUUGGUCAAGGAGGAAAUGGAAGUGGAUGAGGUCAAGUUGCAGCCGCAGGACGAUUUGCAGGACAGUGCCAUCGACAUUCUAAGCGCAUGUGAUACGUUGAAAAUCCUUGAAGAAGGUUCCAACAUGAUAACCUUGCCGGUCAGGGACCGCCCGGAAUCGGAGGACGAGCGCAGAUUCAUCGCCAGCCUCGGACUCGAUCCGCAACAGGUCUCUUUGGAGGAGAACAAAACGCCAAAAAAGUGCCACAUUUGUCACUACGUGCUUGAAAAUCAAUUUGAGAUCUCGGGCCACCAAGUCAAUCAUGAAAUGAACCGGCAUUUCUGUCGCCUGGGAUGUGGCAUUUGGCUGGACACCCUAGAGCAAAUCCUCGAGCACGAAUAUCGCCAGCACUCACAGCCAGGACAUGUUUUCUGCUGUAGGGUCUGUGAUUACUUGGCCAGGGACGCGGAUUGUCUGGCCAGCCAUAUGCAAAGGCACAUUUAUGUGUAUCGUUUUGUUUGUGCCAUUUGUCGUCGUCACUUUGAGUCCUACCAGAGCCUUAAUCAGCAUUGGAAGGACGACCAGUACGUCUGCGGGCAGGUGCAGUACAUGGCGGGAUUAGCCUACAAGGCAGAGCUAGUGGCAGUCAGUACACCAGUUUCUGCAGAGUCGCUGUGCGAUGUACAAAUCAAAGGGGAGUCGCUCAGUUCCGAGGACGGAGUACGAAAGCUAUUUGAAAAGAAUCCUUCAAUCAGCGUUAAACUCGAACCGGAGGACGAGGAAAUUCCAAAAGUUAGCAUUAAGGAGGAACCUGAGGAGCAGUCCUACAAUAAUGGUACUAACUGGACAACCAUACCCACUCCGCUCAGGAGCAAGCUGCGCUUGCCUGCUUUAAGCUCCAACAAAUUCCAGACGGAUUUAAAAAGUGUGAAUUGGAAUGAUCGGCCAACUUCAAAUGUUACGCCCUUAAACGAGACAAAUUCUCUCUCAGUGAUGGCUGACAACAGAAGGGUUCUGCAGAAUCCUAGUCAAGACACGGUGGCACUAAGAAAGACGCCCAUCGCAGCAAAUAUACUGAAAGUAUUGCCCAGCAACUGCAUGGUCAUUAAGUUGCCGGUAAACACAAAAAUCUUCAAGAUGCCAGAUCCAGCUUCGGCUGCCUUUAAGCUUUCAGCCCAAGCUCCAGCUGCCUUAAAGGAAUCCCUUACAAUUGGUGUAAGUGGGGUGGAAAAGUCAACCAGUGCCCUUAAGAUUCCGCAGGCCAUAAGUAUAACCAAAGUUAGUUCGAUGGAUGCAUCCAUUCCCACUCCUGUUUCUGUGCUGCCGGCACAGACCCACAAUCGGUCCUGCUUCCUCAGUGACGCGUUCAACAAAUCGGAAAGCAGGCCCGAAUCUAUGAAGAUCAUUUCAGAAAUUCGCAAUAAAAUUCGUUCUAUAGAAAAGACGUUGCCUCUGCCGGGAACAGUGCUGCAAACUUCCAAGAUCAAGGAGGCUGCCCCAGUGCCACCUCCAUCGAUUGCUUCCGUGGAGGCACCAAAGCCCGUUGAACUGAUUAUCAGUCCAAUGUCUUUAAUUGUGGCGAAGGAGCUGCAGGCCAAGCAUCCACUUUAUCGUUUUAUGUGGACUUGUCCGCAAUGCAAGCGAUCUUUUGAGAAGCUCUGUGCACUUCGUACUCACUGCACUACAAAGCAUGAUUUAAGCCAGGAAAAGUUCAACAGUCUGAAACUGAUCUUAAUGCCAUACAAAAUACUCUCACAGGAUUCAUUGGAAACGCUUGUAGAAUCUAAGCUAGAAAUACCAGAACAUGCUCCAGUCCUUGAAAAUGUUGAUAAAUUGCCAUUUCUGCCAAAUGGUAUUGCUCCCCUUACAGAUCAGGCAUCCGCACUUUUAAAUAUUUGUGAUGAUUUAUUAGCUCCAAAGAAAACCAAUGAUAAAUCAACUGGCUCAAGGAAGAAGAAUCAAUCGAAAGGCACAGAGUACCAGUGCACAGAGUGCUCCAAAGUAUUUACCACUUUUGGAGCCCUACGCAUCCACAAGUCAAUUCACACGGGGGAGUUGCCGCAUAAGUGCAACUAUUGUGAUAAGCGCUUUCGAACUCCUGGGCAGGUGCGAGUGCACCACCGUCGUCACACCGGCGAGAAACCCUUUAAAUGCAAGGUCUGUUCAUUGGAUUUUACUCACCGGGAAACUCUAAUUUCUCAUCUGUCGCGUCAUAUUGGGAUGAAGCGUUAUAAAUGCUAUGGAUGCGAUAAAUACUUUGUAGUUGUCAGCGGAUUACGUGCCCAUCGACGCCUCCGGCCGGACACCUGCGGCCAGGUCAAAUUUACAGCGCGAGCCCACGGCCCCCGGGUAAGGGUCAUCAGGGGGGAGGUGGUUUUCGAACAUCACCCAGAACACAAUGGCUACCUACGCAGUGAGGAUCCGCUCAACAUUUUGUCACAGCGCAAUCAGACGGACUCAUCCCCAGCAGAAGUUGCUAGCGUCUAAACAAAUUGUUAUGCUUGAUUUAUUGACCAUUAUUAUCAUUACUUUAUUAAUUGUUUAAUCAUUAGAAUGGCCCAACAAUGA